AUUGAACUGGUAGACCGGCCACUCCGCAGACAGCAGCCGAACAGGCGGACACGAGCCGCGCAGGUCCUCGCGAUGCCCGUCGGAUAUUAAGCCGCCUGGCUCACUCCGUGAUAAGGACACGUUAAAAUACCCCCUUCCCACCUCAGCAACAAACUUUGGCUCUUAAAGGUGCACGAGCGAAAGACAUCUAGAUUUUGGAGUAAAGCGCAUCCUCGAGCGCAGCGCAGCUAUAAGAGGAUUGCUGGAUCCCAGUAAACUGCAACGCCGCGAAGUGUGUUUAGACGGGAAAAAUGUCAUUGUCUGGGAAAGAAAACAGCACAGCCCCACAUGCCAAUUACGUGGGACCCUACCGCUUAGAAAAGACUCUCGGAAAAGGACAGACAGGUCUUGUAAAGCUCGGCGUGCACUGUGUCACGUGUCAGAAAGUCGCCAUAAAGAUCGUAAAUCGAGAAAAGCUCAGCGAAUCUGUGUUGAUGAAGGUGGAGAGAGAGAUCGCCAUUCUGAAGCUAAUAGAACACCCGCAUGUUUUAAAGUUGCACGACGUCUACGAAAACAAGAAAUAUUUGUAUUUGGUUUUAGAGCAUGUGUCUGGUGGGGAGCUGUUCGACUAUCUGGUAAAGAAGGGCAGGCUGACACCCAAAGAAGCAAGAAAAUUCUUCAGACAGAUCAUCUCAGCUUUAGACUUCUGCCACAGUCAUUCGAUAUGUCACAGGGAUCUGAAGCCAGAAAACCUGUUGCUGGACGAGAAGAACAACAUUAGGGUAGCAGAUUUCGGCAUGGCGUCCCUGCAGGUGGGCGACAGUCUGCUGGAGACCAGCUGUGGGUCUCCUCAUUACGCUUGUCCUGAAGUCAUCAGAGGUGAGAAGUAUGAUGGAAGGAAAGCAGACGUUUGGAGCUGUGGGGUCAUUCUGUUUGCUCUGUUAGUGGGAGCGCUGCCGUUUGAUGACGAUAAUUUACGAAACUUGUUAGAGAAAGUGAAGCUGGGCGUGUUUCAUAUGCCUCAUUUCAUUCCGCCGGACUGCCAGAACCUUCUGCGAGGAAUGAUCGAGGUAGAUGCCGGCAAACGGUUAACGUUGGAGUUGAUCCAGAAGCACACGUGGUACAUAGGAGGCAAGAACGAACCGGAACCCGAGCAGCCGGUUCCCAGGAAAGUGGCGAUUCGCAGCGUCCCCUCAGCGGAUGACAUCGAUCCAGACGUACUGGAUAGCAUGCACUCGCUAGGGUGCUUCCGUGACAAGAACAAACUGAUGAAGGAUCUGCUGUCAGACGAUGAAAAUCAGGAGAAGAUGAUCUAUUUUCUUUUGUUGGAUCGUAAGGAGAGAUACCCAAGCCAUGAGGACCAGAACCUCCCACCACGCAAUGAUAUCGAUCCGCCUCGGAAGCGUGUGGAUUCACCCAUGUUGAACAGGCACGGCAAGAGGAGGCCGGAGAGAAAGUCAAUGGAGGUGCUGAGCGUUACAGAAGGAGGUUCACCCGUACCUGCCCGAAGAGCCAUCGAUAUGACGCAACAUGGACAGAGGUCACGGUCCAUCAGCGGCGCGUCCUCUGGUCUCUCCACCAGUCCCCUCAGCAGCCCACGGGUGACACCUCACCCCUCUCCAAGAGGCAGCCCCAUCCCCACCCCCAAAGGAACGCCGGUACACACGCCUAAGGACAGCCCAUCGGGGACACCCAGCCCUACGCCGCCCCCAAGCCCCUCCAUUGGGGGAAUGCCCUGGAAGACACGCCUCAACACCAUCAGGAACAGCUUCCUGGGCUCGCCGCGCUUUCAUCGCAGGAAAUUGCAAGUUCCCACGCAAGAGGAAAUGUCCAGCCUGACGCCAGAGUCUUCCCCAGAACUCGCCAAAAAAUCUUGGUUCGGUAACUUCAUCAACCUUGAGAAAGAAGAGCAGAUCUUCGUGGUCAUAAGGGACAAACCGCUGAGCUCCAUAAAGGCCGACAUCGUCCACGCCUUUCUCUCGAUACCCAGCCUCAGUCACAGCGUCAUCUCGCAGACGAGUUUUCGGGCCGAGUACAAAUCUACGACCGGUCCCACCGUCUUCCAGAAGCCUGUUAAAUUCCAGGUGGACAUCACUUACACCGAGAGCAUGGCGGCCACCAAGGAGAACGGCAUUUAUUCAGUCACCUUCACUUUGCUCUCAGGUCCAAGCCGGCGUUUUAAGCGGGUGGUGGAGACUAUUCAGGGACAGUUGUUAAGCACACACGACCAGCCGGGUGUCCAGCAGCUGUCUGGUUUUAUCCAGAAAUCGUAUUAAAACUCCGCCCCCCACUCCUACUUCACAUCCCGUGAUGGGCAUUUAUUGACCGAGGGCACUUUUCAUGACGAACUUGCAGGUUACCGUGGAGACGGACCUUCAUCCUUUGUCACAGUUUUUCCUUUCCACGUUCCGACACCUUGACUCUCAACGAGGAUUACUGUACAAACACACACGCUUGUUCCCGUUCAAUCCUAUACCAUUAUCUGUUCACUGUUUACACUUACACAAACACACGGGCUCUGUUUCAAAACCUAGUAUGCUGUCUACAGAGGUAGCAUAGCAGUAUAGGCGUCUUACUAAAGUAGGACAUUUCUAGUUAUUCUGCUGUAUAAGGUGUUUGCUUUGCAAAAAAACAAUCCCAUAAUGCACUGCAAAAUGUUUUUUUAGAAAAAUUCCUAACAAAGGGUAAUAUUAAUAAAAACAUGUUAAAAAAUCUAGAGCCCCUCUAUUCCUCCAUUCAGUAUUCAACACGUUUUCAUUAUUCAUUAUUGUGGUGCAUUGUGGGAUUGAAUACGUGCACUCGAUAAUGUUCACUAUAAUUUCAGCAACAUGAUCUCACAGAUUACGUGAAAUAGUCACAAAAUAUUUUGCAAAUUUUUUUGUGUCAAUGUCACGUAUUUCCGCCAUUUUACGUGUCCGUGCCACGACUUUCUUUUCGUGUCAGUUUCACGUAUUGAUUAUUCAACUGUUUUUACCGUAUCGGUUUGGGGUUAGAUUUAACUACCGGACAUUCGUUCGAAUCUCACUUUUCAUUCACGAUAUAUAAUGAUAUAUUCGGAUGUCACGUUUAUUGUGCAACGUCUGCGAAACAAAUACGCCCCCUUGUGGAAUUUCAGCUAUGGAUUGCUUUAUACUCUUUUUUUCGUAUGCUUUUUAAACCAUUGUCGCCUGAUAUUAGGAUUAGAGCUGGGUUUGGGUAAGGAUGUCAUUUUAUGUAACAAAAAGUCGUUUUAACCCAAAACUGAAGCGACAAUGGUAAGAAAAUAGGAAAAACAGUUGAGUAACCAAUACGUGAAAUUGACACGAAAAGAAAGUAUACGUGGCACGGACACGUAAAAUGGCGUAAAUACGUGACUAUGACACAAAUAUUUUGUGACUAUUUCACGUAAUUUGUGAGAUCAAGUUGAAUUUCAGACACCACAAAAUGGCCGUCCCCUCAAACAGUGCACUUUUUAAGGGUUUAAUGAGCUAUUUUGUGGUGUUAGCUUAGCAACAUGCUAAUGCCAAACUCCAAUAACAUUAAUGGCUAUGAACGGCAUUCCAGAUUUUAGUAGGACGUUGUUUUAAAAAGCAGCUGUCUAUGUAGACAUCUCGCUAGGUUUUGAAACCAAGCACAAUAUCAGAUCUACUGUAAGCACACACAACUCUUGGAUGUUUGCACUUAACUCAAUAAAGCGCGCUGAAGGAAAAACACAAACUGAAACUUUGAAAGCUUGACCGGAGGAGAUGUGAAUCUUCACAGAUUGUAUGGAUUUGUGUGCAUUUAUUUAUUUAUGACUUUUCGAAUGAUGAACUCAUUGCUGCAAAAGGACCGAACUUUGGGAAGCAUUCGGGAUUCGGACAAAGGGUCGGGUGGGUUAAAAUCGAAUUAAUUUAACAAAUGAAUCUCUUGUACAAAUUGAACAUAAUUCUGUAUAAAUGCAAUGUCUUGUAGACGUGACACUAGGUUUAGUUUUGUUGUAGAUUUGGAUUUCUAACCUUGCGUUGCAAGUCUUUAUUAUUUCCCCCCAUGUACUGACAAAUCCAGCUAAAACCAGCAAAAACCAUCUUAUUCUCCCAGCCUGGUUUUAGCUGCUUUGUGGUGUAGCAGGCUAAUUUUAGAGGGGUUUUGGCUAUAUUUUAGCUAGUCUUAGCUGGAAGACCAGCUAACCCACCAGCUUAAACCAGCUGGUCCUUUCAGCCUGGCAAAGCUGGUUAAGCUGGUCUUCCACCCUGGUCAAGCUGGUGAGUCAGCUGGUUUUUGUUGGUGGGUCAGCUGAAGAUGUUGCCAAAACCCCUAUAUUUUGGUCCGGUUAACCAGCUAAAACCAAGCUGGGAGACUAGCUAAAACUAGCCAAUCAGCUUAGGCUGGUUUCAGCUGGUCUUUUCAGUAGAGCAGUGGUUCUCAAACUUUUUCAGCGGGCGGCCCCCUUUGUGUAUGGUGCAUUCCUUUGCGGCCCCCCCAAAGAAAAUUUAUGACAAAAAAACAGUUCUAAAACUUCACAUUUUAAUUAAACAAAACAUUAAAUUAUACAAAGUAGCUCUGCCUUAUUAAGUUUAAUUUCACAGAAUUCAAUAUAAAUUAAUGUAUUUUAUAAAAAUGUCAUAAAACUGGGGCCCCCCUGGCACCAUCUCGCGGCCCCCCUGGGGGCCCCGGACCCCAGUUUGAGAACCACUGCAGUAGAGUAUUUCUCUGUUUAUUACGUUAUCGAAUGAUUUGUUCCUGUUCAUACAUUAUAGAUGCUGAAAUAAAAUUUGUAUUUGUCUUUUUUUCAUAUUUCAUGUUCACUACCAGCAGAUACAAAAAAGAUGUUAAAUACAUUGUGGAUAUUUUUGUAUUUUCCUUAUGUUUGUCCAUAUAUUUAUUAUCAUGCAAUGACAUACAUAAAUAUAUAUGAGAACUUGAAUGUUAUUUAUUUAUGACAAUAAUGUGUUUGUUUGUAUCAGGGCAACACAGUUUUGUUUGAAUGAAUCUUUCUUAUGUCUUGAUUUAUGCAAGUACUGUAAAGUCUUUCUUUUCUAGAUUGAUAAUAGUGUGUUAAAAACAAACAAGCAAGCCAACAAAAAGCUCAUUUAUGAAUGUAGUUUAGCCUCGGUGGGGAGAGAAUGAACUUCUCAUAUCAUUGAUGAUAAAAAGCUGUUCUUGGAUCAGUUGUAUUGUAAAUAUGUUGUUCCUGCUCUUUGCGUUUGACUUGUAUUGCUGUGUGCAUGCGCGUUUUCUUUGCAUGGCUUUCGCGUACCGAUUUCUCGCUUUCCUUCUGUUAAAAAAAGACUCUUGCCUUCACCCCUGUAUUUACCUCUGUUACCGAUGCUUUAUUUUAUUUCUUUCCUGUCACUUUUUAUAGUAUCUUAUGCACUAAAUAUCUGCGCGGCAAGCGAGCGACGCUGCAAAAUCGUGACGCUCUCUUGCGACGCAGACAUCUUUUUUCGUCUGUACCAUGUACCUUUAAGAGAAAGGUUUCGAAUGUUUAUGACCCCCAGUUUACAGCUUGUUUUAAUGAAACAAUAAUGAAGCAAUACCUGUUGUUAAAUUUCCUAUUUUAUACAGUUGAACAAAGCUAAACUUAAACGAAGAAGGAACAUACAGAGCAGGAACGUGCAUUUAAUGAUGUAAAAAUCCCCUUGUAUUAUAACUGUGAUCAAUUUCAGAGAAAAAUGAAAACAAUAAACUCCUUCACUUAAUAGGAA